AUCCUUUCAAUUAGGACAGAGGAGCGAGCGUAGUGAGGGAGAGCGAGUCGAGGGAAGAAGCUGACUGAGCAUUUAGGAGAGAUACAGCGAGUUUGAGUUUCAAGGCAUGCAGUUUAGAGAAAUAGAACAACCUCUCCACAAGCUCUACUGAUCUAAAAACAUAAGAGCAACGCAGGUGUUGAUUAAAACAAAUACAAUUUUAGUGGAUUAAUUGAGAAAUAGAAUGGGUUCCAAAAGAUACCAUUCGAAGACACCGGGAAAACUGAACUACUCAUUAUUCUGCAUUGGGGUUUGUCUAAUAAUUCUGCUACCGUUGUGUGAUACAUUCAACUUGGACGUGGAGAACCCUUCUGUCUACAGCGGACCUAAUGGGAGCUACUUUGGAUAUUCCGUGGAAUUUUACUUGACCAAUUCUUCAAGCGUCAGUGUAGUGAUUGGCGCUCCCAAGGCCAAUACCAGUCAGUUCAACAUCACAGAGGGCGGGUCUGUGUACUUCUGCCCAUGGAGUCUCGGCCAAUCUGAGUGCCACAGCAUUGAAUUUGACAAUCAAGGGGACCGCAUAGUCACUGUCAGUGGCACAGACUACCAGGCUGAAGUCAAGUCCCACCAGUGGUUCGGCGCCACCAUCCGUUCCCACGGAGACACCAUUCUGGCCUGUGCCCCCCUCUACUCCUGGAGAACCAAAGCAGAAAAGCCCCAGUCAGAUACCACGGGAACCUGCUACCUCUCUGUCAAGAACUUCACCAAGUUUGUGGAAUAUGCUCCCUGUCGCACAGAAUUCAUUAACCAGGGUGGUCAGGGCUACUGUCAGGGGGGAUUCAGUGCUGAUUUCACGAAGGAUGGGAAAGUGGUGCUUGGAGGACCAGGCAGCUUCUUCUGGCAAGGUCAGGUGAUCUCAGCAGCCAAAGAGGAGAUAAUCAAGGCCUACUAUCCAGGGUACUUCAUGCAGUCUGUGGAGGGACAGACCCAGACCAGACAGGCUCAGAUCAAAUAUGACGACAGCUACCACGGUUACUCUGUUGCAGUUGGGGAAUUCAGUGGAGAUGACGUGGAAGAUGUUGUGGCUGGGGUCCCAAAAGGGGUCAUGCUCUAUGGUUUGGUGUCUGUUUUAAAUGGCACUGAUCUGAAGUCCAUGCUCAACUACACUGGCGAACAGAUGGGCUCCUAUUUUGGGUAUACUGUGUCCACAGCCGACAUCAAUAACGACGGCAUGUCUGACCUGUUGGUGGGAGCUCCCAUGUACAUGACCCGAGGGUCAGACGGCCGUCUGGAGGAGGUGGGUCGUGUGUACCUCUAUCUGCAGCGUGGACCACUGGACCUGGAGCCAACUCUCAACCUGACCGGGACCCAGGUGUUUGGGAGGUUUGGCAGCACCAUCGCACCUCUGGGAGACCUCAACCUGGACGGAUACAAUGACUUGGCCAUCAGCUGUCCUUUCGGUGGAGAGGACCAGCAGGGAUUGGUUCUCAUCUACAACGGAUUCGCCGGUGGGCUCAGGAACACACCCUCUCAGGUCAUAGCUGGCCAAUGGGCUUCAGGCACAGUGCCGGCCAGCUUUGGAUUCUCACUCCGAGGUGCUAAGGAUCAGGACAUGAAUGGCUACCCAGAUCUUAUUGUUGGUGCUUUCGGAGUUGACAAGGCGAUUUUGUACAGGUCCCGGCCCAUCGUCAACACCAGUGCCUCCCUGACCGUCUAUCCCACAAUGAUCAACCCCGAGGAGAAGAGUUGUUCAGUCAACAACGGCAACACCACCAUACCUGUCUCCUGUGUCAACCUGAGUUUCUGCCUCUCUGCCAAUGGGAAGUACCUACCAGACAACCUAGGCUUCCUGGUAGAGGUGCAGUUGGACCAUCUGAAACACAUGCAGAAGGGAGGGGUGAAGAGGGCUCUGUUUGUAGACUCCCAGCAGCCAAUGCUUCAGAGGAGUGUAAGAGUGCGGAGCGGAGAGCGUGUGUGUCACGAGACCAAGAUCUACCUGAGGGAUGACAAGGAGUUCAGAGAUAAGCUCUCCUCCAUCUACAUCUCCCUCAACUUCAGUUUGGAUCCUCAGGCAGCGUUUGACUCCCACGGCCUCAGACCCAUCCUUAACUACAAGACCACCGAGCUCAUCGAGCAGAAGGCCCAGAUUCUGCUGGACUGUGGAGAAGACAACAUCUGUGUUCCCGACUUAAAGCUGGCGGUGCAGGGGGACAGGAAGGAAGUGUACCUAGGUGAUGACAACUUGCUGACCUUGACUUUCAACGCGCGGAACGAGGGUGAAGGUGGGGCCUAUGAGGCUGAAUUGUAUGUGGUGUUACCUCCUGAAGCAGACUACAGCGGUAUAGCUCGCAAUAACGAGAGCCUGACCCAGCUGACCUGUAGCUACGAGGCUGAGAACCAGACCCGCUACCUCAGCUGUGACCUGGGCAAUCCCAUGAAGUCUGGCACCAGCCUGUGGGCAGGCCUGCGUUUCACUGUGCCACGACUGAAGGACACACACAAGACGGUUCAGUUUGAGCUGCAGAUCCGCAGUAAAAAUGAGAAUAAUUCCCACAGUGAGGUGGUGCCCUACAAACUGGAGGUGGUUGUCCAGGCCAAUGUUAUUUUACAGGGUGUCUCCCGGCCAGACAAGGUCUUCUUCCCUCCCCUCAACUGGAAGGUCUCCAAGACCCCCCAGGAGGAGCAGGACAUUGGGCCUGUAAUCCAACACGUCUAUGAACUGGUGAACAAAGGUCCCAGUGGGAUCAGCCACACAGUGCUGCAGCUCAGCUGUCCUCUCAGUGUUCAGGGCCAGGGUCUCCUCUACCCUCUGGAGAUGUCUACUGAGGGACCCCUCAACUGCACCACCAACCACUCCAUCAACUACCUGCAGCUCAAGCUCCAGCAGACUUCCACAGAGCAGCCGCCCCUACUUGUGCCUGGUCAGGAUCACCACAUCGAGAGGAGAGAAGUCCAGAGAGACCAGCUGGCAGAGCACACUAACCUGUCCUGCUCUAACGUGGAGUGCUGGACACUACAGUGUGACGUGGGUCUUCUGGAGAAGGGGACCAGCGCCAUCCUCAAAUUGCGCUCCCGCAUCUGGGCUGAGACCUUCAUCGAGAGGGCAUACAAGGGGUACGUGCUGGAGUGCCUGGCAAGGUUCAGUGUGGUCAAGAUGCCCUAUGCCAUCUUGCCCAAGGAGGUACCGAGUGGAUCUAAAAAGGUGGUGACCCCGUUGGUGUGGAACAAACAAGACAGCCAAUACUCUGUGCCCUUGUGGAUCAUCAUUCUGGCCAUACUGGCUGGGCUUCUGCUGCUGGCACUGCUCAUCUACGUCCUGUACAAACUUGGCUUCUUCAAAAGGUCGCUACCCUACGGCACGGCUAUGGAGAAGGCCCAACUCAAGCCCCAGGCUGCGUCUGAGGCCUAAACACCACAUAGAAAGGAUUAAAACAAACUAUUUUGUUGUCACAGAACCAAAGAAACCUAGAAACCCACAUGAUUGCAAUGGAGAAAUGUGGUUAAUUUAAACAUCCAGAGAGGAUUAGACUGCAGUUGAAGAGGGAGGAGGAGGAGGAGGAGGAAAGACCACUGGAACUCCACUGUACUGCACUAGAGGAAGAAAUACCCAAAGAACUCCAAACCAAAUGAAUGUUUUUAAUUUAAUAUAUGUUUAUGUUUGUUGUUGUUGGGUUGGGGUUGAUCACCAAGCUGAACUUCAGUGUCACAGUCAGAAAAACUGGCUUUAGACUUACUGAUCCUAUUUGAGUUGAAGUCCAAGACUAGUGACUACAGAAGAAGAGGAGUAGCCUAUGGAAAGCCUUGAUACGAUCAAGGAAGAAGCUUGGUUUCUCCCUGCACAUCUUUUUAAACAGCUUUGUAUUCCCUUGUGGAUCCUUGUGAAAGAUAAUUGUUUUACUCUUUUUCAACUGCCUUCAUUUUGGUGCUAAAAAAGUGUGAUCACUGCUUUUAAAAGGUAUAUGAUGGUGUUGAGGGGGACUGAAUGCAUCUCCCUUCCUUUUUGUAGCCAUUAAAGAAAUCUGAUCUGAUACUUUCCCAACCGAAGUUAGAAACAUGCUUCCUGUUCAGGGCACCAGAAGAGCAUGUUCACCAGAGGUGCAUGUUCACCAGAGGAGCAUGUUCACCAGAGGAGCAUGUUCACCAGAGGAGCACAGACAGAGGAUGUCUGUCUCAUGUCUCCAUAAUCUACACCUGAGCUGUUUACCCAUCCACAUUUCUACCAAACAUGUUUUUACAGCCAAUCUUUUGUUUAAUGUAAGUUCAGUUUGGCUCCAGUAAUGUUCGGCACGUACAAACUCCUGUACUGCCAAAAUAGCUUCUUCAGCCUCAGAAUGGUGGACAUACAGUGCUUGUUCCAGUUGUUUUGCACUCAAAAGAAAUCUACUGAUGUCUAACAAGAUGCCAAAAACAGACAGGAUACUGACGGACUGAUCUUCCUUUGGGUUUGACUUGACCAUUACUGAUCACUUUGUUGAUCCUGCAUGUUUGUGUUCGUUGUGACAGAUCAAAGCAUUGCCUCAAAGUUGACUGGGACUUGACUGGAUCCAUCCACCAUGGGCCUGUGAGAUAGAUCCUACUGAAAGCUUGAUACACUCUGGUGCCAGUACUCUGUCUGGUGACUUGUAAACAAGUUUGUCCAGACUUUGCUUGUGCUGCAAGAGGCAGUAUGGAAAUUGAGUUGAAGCAAAGACCAUCCAGGUGUAUCCACAGCCUUGGUGUGUAAUGAUGUCUUGAAGUCAGUACAUUACUAUGUUGCCAACAGAGAUCAAGGAAGCUGUAGUACAUACAAUCUGGGUGGGUUGCUUGCAGGUAAGGGCUCACUCCGGUGAGUGUCAGGGAAACGGCCAAAUAUCCAGUCCCUACACAUUUCACCUUGAUCUUGUAGUGUGCUAGGAGCAUCUUUGCUCUGGUUUGUUUUAAUUUUAUUUUGAUGUCCUUAUGAUAACAAAAACUGACUGAGUACCAGAAGCUCUCACACCACGAUGCUGCAGCUUCAUCCAUGGACUGAAUAUGUGGGGCUCUUUUAUUUGUCAUGUAAAUACGUUUUGUGUGUGUGUCAGACUGCCUGUGUCUUCAUGUGUUGAUGUUCCUGUCUGUUUUUUUGUGUGAAUCGGAGAUCAAUCCCAAUGCUAAGUCCUCUCUUUUCUCUCUUGCAUCACGAGGGAAAGGUAGACUUGUCCAGCAGUAAUGCUGAUCAUCGCAUCACUUCAAUCUGUACUCAGGAUGGGUUGAGACUGCCUGAUUAGAGUUUAGGACAGCUAGGACCAGAGUAGCUAUUCAUUUAGGGCCCAAUUCAGACUUGAGAUAAAGGGAUAGCAACUGGGCAUUGGGGGGGGGGGGGGGGGGGGGGGGUAUGGUUUGUACGUGCAAUAUUAUUAUUCACUCUGGUUGAUAUUGGUUUUAGUUUUUGCAGUAGUUUUUGGAUUUUCUUUCAUUUUGUUCCGGAGGGGUUGUGUUAAACCAGGUGUGUCUAACAUCUAAUGAUGAGUCUGUGUUAAAAACCAUACCAAGUCUGCUCCCUAUGGUCGGAUGGGGGUAUUGUCAAAAACAAUUGGUCUGUUUUUUCCCCCCCUAGAUUUUUCCACUGCACGUAUUCACCACUUUUACAUUUUGCUCCACUGCUAUAACUAACCAAUGUUUAGUAUCACUAUUUCAGAUAUCAGUGGUAAAAAAAUACAUCCAUCCAUCCACCUCCUGAGUUGAACUCGAGUGGGCAUGUGUGAUAAUGUAUGUUCAGUUCAAUUGUAUCACCUAUCCAAACGCAGCCAUAAUGCUACACAUCUGUUUUCACUAUUUGUUUUGAAUGCCCCCUAGCUCAUAUUGGUGAUUUAAUCCACAAGCUUUAUCAACACUCAUGGUGCAAAGACUGCUAACGCCACUCAGUGGAUUCAUUUAACAUGUAUCAUAUUAUUUUUAACAGUAUUUGUAUGAUAUUGUUUUGAAAAGUAUAUGUCUGAUCGUAGUGUCCAGACUGAAAAUGUCAACCUAGUAUUAUUUAUAUUGAAAGAGGAUGUUUUAAACAGAAUCCUCUGUGGUUACAGUAGAAGACUACACUGGGUUUAUCCUUGUUUUCUCAAUGCUUUCUUGGCCCCCCUUUUAAAAAUCUCCUUUUUUACAAAGUUGUAAAUAUUUCUGACGAGAAUAUUUUUUAGAUCCAAUUGGGAAAAAAAACAUUUGUGAAAUUUACUCUCCCCAUAUUGGGGAGACUUUCUGGGAAGAGGAUUUAGUCUUUUAGUGAUCAUUUGUGUCUUAUUAUAUGGUUUGCAUUUCAAUUAAAAAAAUGACAUGCUUUGAUUGAA